UAAAAAUGAUCAAAGUCCAUUAUUGUCUAUUAUGUAACCUCAGUGUCAGUUUAAGUAAGUAAGGCUUAUCUUGCUGCUGCAAACCUCCGUGUUAUGGAUUGGUUGGCCAGUCCCACAUCGACGACGUCACCCAGUUUUGGGUCUGGUAGGUGGGGGUGCACGCGGCCAUACAUUUAAACUACCAGGCUGCAUCAUGCCGAUUAUAUUUUGGAAAGUUAUUGUUGUUCAUUUCACCACCAUGACUGCCGUUUGCUGCUGUUUUCGGAACGAUGUGAACCCUGAGGACAAUCCAAACAUACCAGCAAUUGCUAAAUAUUUCAGCACGAAAGGGAGGUAUGAGGAAGUGAACCCGUAUCUCAUAGAGGACAUACUUGCUGUAAACAGAUCGAUCUUACAGCCUCCAUCUGCACAAUGUCGCGAAAUACAUGUGACGGCCAUAAUAAGACACGGCACAAGGUACCCGACGACCAAAAACGUGAAGAAGAUGCAGAAGCUUUACGAGCUGGUCAAGAGCAGCGCCUCAGGUAAAGAGAGCUGGCUGCGUGAGAUCCAGACCCAGUGGACGAUGUGGUACAAUGAGGACAUGGACGGCCGACUCGUCCAGAAAGGUGUGAACGAUCACAUGCAUCUGGCCGUCAGGCUGUCAAAGCUGUUCCCCUCUCUGAUUUCAGAGGAGAAGCUCCGAGGUGGAUUCUACAAAUUCAUAACCAGCUCAAAGCACAGGUGUGUCAACAGCACACUGUCCUUCAAGGCCGGACUGACAGAGCUGUGGGCUAUUACAGAUAAGGAGUUUGACCAUGCAGUGAAUGAUGCUCUGAUGAGGUUUUUUGACCAGUGCGCCAGGUUUGUGGAGGAAGUUGAUAACAACCCCUCUGCUCUGUCAGAGGUGGACAAGUUCAAGCAGGGACCAGAGAUGAGGAGGGUCCAGGAGAAGAUCGCAGACCGUCUCAGAGUCCCGUAUAGUCUCAUCACAGAUGAUAUGGCCGAAGCUGCAUUUUACUUGUGUGCUUAUGAGUUUGCCAUCAAGACUGUGAACUCCCCAUGGUGUCGGCUUUUCGAUGAGGUCGAUGCACAGGUUAUGGAGUAUGCAAAUGACCUGAAACAAUUCUGGAAAAGAGCCUAUGGUUAUGAUAUUAACAGCAAGUCGAGCUGCAUUCUCUUCCAUGAUAUGUUUAGUCGACUUGACAAAGCAGCCAGCGAGAACAAGUCAGGCCAGCAGGUGACUGAAGCCGUGACAGUCCAGGUCGGCCAUGCAGAGACCCUGCUGCCGCUGCUUACCCUCCUGGGCUUCUUCAAGGACAACGAUACCCUGACUUCUACCAACUACGCCACACAGGCCAAACGCUCCUUCCGCACCAGCCACAUGUUACCCUAUGCAGCUAACUUACUCCUGGUGCUAUACGACUGCGGGGGAGGCGACCUGAGACUGCAGCCACUGCUCAACGAGAAGCCUGUGACUUUCCCCGGUUUGACUGACCAGCGGGCCUCCAUACCGCUCUAUCAAGACGUCAAAGAGCACUACAGUGAACUGCUCCAAGGCUGUGACUUUGAGACUGAGUGUCAGCUGUUCAAGCAUCCUGCUUAAGUUUAGGCAGACAGGGUGGAUUCUGGAGAUGACGACAUUAUAGUGGCUUUAAUGUGUUUUGAUUUGCAAAAUGGAGUGAGAAUUGUGGUCCCAAUGGGAGCAUCUUAGUCUGAAUGCUUCUCCUAUGUAAACCAUCAGUUUGACCUUCCCUUUUAUUAGAAUGAAGCAACAAGGAAGCAUUUUCUCCCUUUGUCUUAUGCCUGAAAAGGCAGAUUUAAUGUCUCUGAAACACCCCAUGAUCCCAGCCUAGGAAUUAGAUUUCAAGUUCACCUGUACCACUACAGUAUUACUACUGCUAUAUUGCUUAUUUUUUCCAUUAUUGCGCAAUGUAGAGCAGGAAUUAAAGACUAUAUUCAUCA